UAUUCAACGUAAAGUAAUCAAACUUUUCACUCUUUAUUAUCUCUUAGUCAAUGAAAUAGUGUGCUUCCUAUACUAUAAAGGCAAAGCAUAGUCAAGAAAAUAAUAAGAAUAAAAAUGGCAGUAUUUCAUAUCAACGUGUUUCUGUUACUCUCUCUUUUAACCAUCACCAUUGUUACUCCUAUGAAUGGUUUUAAACCUCUUGGUGUUCAUGAAGUUUCUGAUUUCAACCGGAGCAGUUUUCCCAAAGGCUUUGUUUUUGGAACAGCCUCUUCUGCAUAUCAGUAUGAAGGUGCAGCAUUUGAGGGUGGAAAAGGACCAAGCAUUUGGGAUAACUUCACUCAUAAAUAUCCAGAAAAAAUAAGAGAUAGAAGUAAUGGUGAUGUAGCGGUUGACUCCUAUCAUAAGUACAAAGAAGAUAUUGAACUCAUAAAGGAUUUGAAUAUGGAUGCUUAUAGAUUCUCCAUUUCUUGGUCUAGAGUUCUACCAAAGGGAAAGCUUAGCGGAGGUGUAAAUCCUGAAGGAAUAAAGUACUACAACAAUCUCAUCAACGAAUUAUUGGCUAAGGGUUUGCAACCAUAUGUGACACUUUUUCAUUGGGACGUUCCCCACGCUUUAGAGGAUGAGUAUGGCGGUUUUUUAAGGCGUCGCAUUGUAGAUGAUUUUAGAGACUAUGCUGAACUUUGCUUCAAGGAAUUUGGUGAUAGAGUGAAACAUUGGAUUACUAUAAAUGAACCAUGGAGUGUGAGCAUGAAUGCUUAUGCAUUCGGAAAGUUCGCACCGGGUCGAUGUUCAGAUUGGUUAAAUCUGAAUUGCACAGGAGGUGAUUCAGGGACAGAACCAUAUUUGACUGCACACAACCAGCUUCUUGCUCAUUCUGCUGCUGCAAAUUUGUACCGGAUCAAAUAUAAGUCAUCUCAACGAGGCAAAAUAGGGAUUACCUUAGUCUCACACUGGUAUGAACCGGCCACUACAGCGAAGGCCGAUGUUUACGCUUCAAAACGAGGUCUCGACUUCAUGUUUGGAUGGUAUAUGAAUCCGCUUACAAGAGGCAAAUAUCCAAAAAGCAUGCGAACUUUGGUGGGAAAAAGGUUACCAAAAUUCUCAAAAGAAGAAUCAAGGGAACUUAAGGGGUCUUUUGAUUUUCUAGGCCUAAACUAUUACUCAUCCUACUAUGCUGCUCAUGCACCUCACCUUCGCAAUGCCGCGCAACCAACCAUACAAACUGAUUCUCUUAUUAAUGCUACAUUUGAACAUAAUGGCAAGCCUCUUGGUCCAAUGGUAAUGUCUGCUUCGAGUUGGUUAUGUAUUUAUCCAAAAGGAUUUCAGAAUCUUUUGCUUUACACCAAGAAAACGUACAAGGACCCUGUAAUUUACAUUACUGAAAAUGGUCGUGAUGAGUUCAACGAUCCAACAUUAUCUCUUGAAGAAUCUCUCUUAGAUACUUAUAGGAUUGAUUACUACUAUCGCCAUCUUUACUAUCUCGAAACUGCAAUUAGGGAUGGUGUGAAUGUAAAGGGAUAUUUUGCAUGGUCAUUGUUGGAUAACUUUGAAUGGGAUUCUGGCUUGAGCGUGAGAUUUGGACUCGUCUUCGUUGAUUUUAAAGACGGUCAGAAAAGACACCCAAAACUUUCUGCUGAAUGGUUCAAGAAUUUUCUCGUUAAAUCUUAGACAUGUAUAUUAUAUGAUUUCAAGAAAAUGAUUUUGUUUUAAUGAACUUAGGAUUUUUCGAUCCAUUUAAUGGGAUAUGAUUUUUAUUUUUGUCGUUGUUGUUGAAGUUAGGAUUAGUGAAAAGUGAAAUGAAACUCACUCGCAUGUAGAACUUUGUGAAAUAAAAAGAAUUGUCAAUAAAUGAAUUCAAAGUGUGUAAAAUAACUUCUUACUCACAGUCUUUUAAUACAAUGAUAUUAUAUAUAUUGUGACUAUUGAACAUGUAGAAAAGUGUAUGAAUAGUAAACUUUAAAAUUCCUUGAUAUGGUAAUUAUUGGUCAACGAUAGAACACUUGUAACUGAUUGAAGAAAGGAUUGAGAAAAAAUGGAGACGAUUGGAAGAGA